AUGUAUUUCAGUUUUUACUUCUCUUUACCCUUAAUACGUAAUGUUAUGUGUUUACUCUUUAAGAUUCAACAUCUGCUCAUCUACCAAUCUUGUCCGAAUAGUAGAAUAUCAUAUCCAAAAUAUAAAUUUAUAGUACCAAAUUACAAACAAUCAAUAAAUUCAAGAUUCUAUCUGUAUAAAUCAAAUAACCUCAUUAUAACUACAGUGUUACACAAUAAAAUACAUAAACGUUGCAAUAUGAUGCUGAAAUGUAGAACAUUUCUUUCUACCCUUGUUAAUUUCUUUAAAGCGCCAACGAUAGACUACUUACCCAAUAGCUACUAA